GUGCAGUUAAAACUUGUACAUUACGCGUAGUCACUUUCCCCAACCCCUCCCCUCCAAUCUCUGCAUCUAGCCAACGACGAGUCUAACAAAGAUCACAGGGAAGAUCACUGAUCUGGAGCUACAGUGAGUGUUUCCUCUCCCAUUCCCCAAGAACACACUCGAAUUCGCGUAUCCCGAAUUCGAAUUCUUUAUUCUUGCUCCUGAAGCCUGAGCCAAACCUCAAUAUCCGAAUCCCAGAUCAAUCAGUCGAAUAAUUACCAAGAAUCCCAAUGUCGUGUUUAGCUCUAGCUCUCCAACCCGCAAAUGGACCCGACAUAUUGCUCCAAAGUCGAGAGUGGUUUCCCCCUUCCCGCGCGCUCAUGGCCCUUUCCGCCUUUCGCGAGACCCGCCUCGCCUUCGCGAAGAACCAGCAUCAGCCCGCCGCCUCGAGUAAUUUCAGUUCAGAUCCCUCCUCCGAUUCACUAGGAGACGACCCUUUGGCCGCCUCCUCCGGUCAGGUCAUCGUCGGCGUUGAAUCCCGCUAUCGGGUUGUGUACCGCCUUGUCAACUCAAUUUACGUUCUCGCUGUUACUGUAAUUGAAGACUCCAACAACAAUGUUUUUGAGUGUAUUCAUAUUGUGAAUCAAGCUGUUUCAGUGGUGGUCACUGCGUGCCGUGGUGUUGAUGUGACCCCGGAAAAAUUGGGGAAGAAGUAUGCGGAAAUUUACAUGGCUUUGGAUAUAGUUUUGAGGGGAGUUAGUAGCAUUAGACUGGCGGCAAUGCUCGCGUCGAUGCACGGGGAUGGAAUUGCCAAGAUGGUGCAUUCAGCUGUUCAGACUGAGAGUAAGAUCCGGGGAGCUGAUAGUUGGGUUAGUUUGGAGCAUCAAGCAGUGGAUCAUGAGGCUGGUGUGGAGUCAUUUUCACACGCAUCGUUUGAGUUGCCUGCCGAGACAUUGCAAGCUGGUGAUGAGGUGGCUGCUGCGACAUUAGUGUUUUUCCAGCAAGGUGAAGAGAAGGAAGUGACUAAGGUUGAGGAAAGUGAGGCAGAGAAAGAUCCGUUUGCAGCUAGUGAUAGGAUCAAUAAGCCAGAAGAAAUGCUGAUGGAAGGGUUUAAGAAGGAUAAAGAUACUGGAGUUUCAGAUGUGAGCAAGGCACUGGCAGGACUUGAGGUGACUACGCUGCCUCCAGCUGCAGCUACAGAAUCAACGCAUAUAGGUGUGGAAGGAUUUGAAGGAAACUAUGGUGGGAUUGAGUUUUCUAAUGAUGGGUCGACGCUACCUGAAGAUUUUGAGGGUAUUAAUGAUGCUUGGGGUGGCGGAUUGGAUGCAUCUGAGUUUGUAGGGCCGAAGAAGGUUCCGAAGGAUCGGGGUCUUGGUGGUUUGGAAUUUUUGGAGACUAGCGAGCCCCCAGCUGCAGCUGUGGCUAAAGCUGGCGGUGAGGAGAAGAUCGAGGAUAUGUUGGUGAAGAAGACUGAAAUGAAGGGUCCAGAAAUGUAUAUUGUGGAAGAGAUAAGUGCAGAGUUUAGGGAAUCAUUACUUGCUAGAGUUGGGCUGAUGGGCAUGGUUUAUUUGAAAACAAUGCCUCCAAAAUCCUCUUCAGAUGAUAAAGAAACUGAAUUCUCGUUUAAGGUUGAAGGUACAGACGGAGUUAAGAGGUUUGCAGUGCAAAGCUCUAGGGUGAGCAGCCUUGGAAGUGGUUUGUUUCAUGUGAGGACAGUCCCUUCACAGGAACCUAUUCCAAUUAUAAAGUAUAGCUUACUACCCCGUAUGACUCCACUGCCUAUUAGGAUUCGGCUUGUCAAACGCCUUAGUGGAACGUUACUUUCUGUUAUGAUACAGUAUGUGUCGAAUCCAAACUUGCCAGUUCCCUUGAAUAAUGUGACAAUUGUUCUCAAAUUGCCUGUAGACCCCACCCUGUUAAAAGUGUCGCCCAAAGCAGUAUUGAACAGGUCUGAAAGAGAAUUAAAAUGGCAUAUUGAUGAGAUUCCUCUGAAGGGUAAUCCUGGUAGGUUGAGGGCGAGAAUGCCUUUGGAAAUUGGUGAGGAUGAUGAUGGAUCAGAUCUUGAGAUAUUUGGUUAUGUCAAGUUUUCUGCUCAAGGGACUAGAUCUUUGUCUGGCCUUUCCCUAAGGCCUGCUUCUGAAGGCAAGACAGAUUUCUAUGAGACUGAUCACAGGUAUGCAAGUGGGGUUUAUAUUUGCAAUUGAGAAUGGGAAAAUUAGCUUUUCCAUAAUGGGUUCCUGUAUCAGUUUGUUUUUGUUCUGAUGAGUUUUGUGGUUAAGGAAGUUUGUAGCACUCUUUGUGUUGUAGCCCGUGUUCUGAUUCAUUUUUCUUGUAAAAAAAGAACUCCAUAUUUUUACAUGUUAUUGACCAUUUGCCUUGUUUAACUA